AUGCAUACAGAGCAACCAAUCCGUUCUCGCAGACGACCACGUCCAUUGCAAGACUCCACGCCCAAGGAAGUGUACAAGAAACAAAAGGUUGAGCAUCCCUCCCAGCUCCCUCCGUCAUUUUGGGACAAUCUGUCAGAAGUUUGGUUGACUCGUAACGCACUACGUGAGCUCGAUCGAAGGAAUACACAAGCUACAGCGAACGCUUCCACAAAACUUCAAUUUCUCUGGCCUGUCACCCGCAACGAGUUAAUGGCAGUUCAAAGAUUUGCGCGUCAGGGCGGACCAGAUUUAUCAGGACUGCGGGGAUGUCCAGAACCUACACUGAGUUCUCACCGACCAUACCGCAUCCAAAAACGCAGAAUCAGCGCUUCUCGGGGUUUAAGUGCUUCACGAAACUCGUGUGCCUUGCGAAGCACCAAGUCAACAACUACUGAAAGUAGCGGACCUUACGAUUGGAACUUUCAGCAACAUCUUACUGCUCAUGGUAUCUUUCCGACCCGUCACCGAUUUUCCAACGGUCACAUACCUUCAAAGUCUAGAAAUUGGGAUGGCAUACUUGCAAGACUGGCUCAGCGUCGGCCCUCGCUUUCGCCUCCCAGAUUUGCAGAGGAGGAUUUUGAGGAAUUUCUCCGAGCAGAUGCAGCUGCUUCCAAAGAGAGACAAGUUAUAGAGCAUGCGAUCAUCCCCUUUAUUGAAGGCAAAGUUCUAGAUAAAGAAUAUAUAGGGGGUGGUAUUCCUUUUAAGAACCUCAAUCAUCUUACUGAUGGCACUCUGGUUCCCGGAAAUCCCAAUCACUAUUAUGGGGCACGUCCUGAUCAACUUGACCCCCAAAUACAAAUUGAGCUCAACGGUCAAAUUGUGCCAUCCACGCAGCAUGAGCUUCCUAUUGCACCAAAUUUUUUCCUAGUAGUGAAAGGACCUGAUAGAUCAUCGUUAGUAGCUAACAGACAGGCAUGCUAUGACGGUGCGUUCGGAGCAAGGGGAAUGCACUCGCUUCAAGAGUAUAACAAAGAUGAACCUGACUUUAAUAACAAUGCCAGUACUCUAAUAUCCAUUUAUCAUGACGAGCAACUCCGAAUGUUUACCUGUCAUCCUUCAAAAUCCGCUACAUCAGGUCGGACGGAGUACUAUAUGACACAAAGCAGAGGAUGA